AUGAAGAAUCGAGGCCGCAAAGCAAAUUCGCAAUCCCGCAAGCGCAAGAGGCCUCGGUCCCCUGUGGAAGAAGAAGACUCGAGAUACUGGUCUGUCGUGACAUUGCUGGAUCACCGCUCCAACCCCAAGACACACGAUCAGGAAUUCCUGGUGCAGUGGGACAGAGAUCCCGAUACAGGCGAGGACUGGCCUCCAUCGUGGCAGCCCGAACACGCAGUUACGAAAGAUCUUGUCGAAGAUUAUUGGAAGGAGAACAAGAAGAAGGAGGCAAAGAGCAACGACCCCGAGAGCCAAAACGUCGCAGAGAGCAAAGGCCCCGCGAAGGGCAAAAGCACCGCAAAGAGCAAGACGAACACACGGCUCACAGCGAGCAACCCUCGAGCCAUUUUACGGCGGGGACUGAGGAGCAGUAAAGAUAGUGAACAGUCUGUGAAUCGGUCGCAAAGACAAACCAGCACGCCUCACACGCUUUCGAGCUCGUCGAGCAAACCCGAGUCUCAGCCGGGACAAGCAGAAACUGUCGCCCGGCCUCUUUCGAGUGCAGAGGCUUCUCCUUUGCCUUCUCCAGCUCCCGACCAAAACCAAGCCGUUGUGGAUUCUACCCCGCCAGGUGUAAGGAAGUUCUUAGCUCGCAGCGGCGCUAUUGACUCUUCGGGGCUCUCCUCUCCUCCAGACUUAGAGCCUGAUCCAGAGUUUGAUCCAAAGUUUGAUCCAGAGCUUGGCCCCGAGCCUGAUUCCGAGCCUGAUCAUUCCGAGCCUGAUCAUCCCGAGCCAGAUUAUCUCGAGCCAGAUUAUUCAGAGGUAUAUCCCGAGUCAGAAGGAUCCGAGUACAACCCCCAGUCCGGGUCAGAAUACGGGUCAGAAGCAAGUACAGAUUCGAAGCCAGAAGUAAGGCCUAAAGUAAAGCCUAAAGCAAAGCCUAAAGCAAAGCCAGCUUCUGGUCCAGCAUUAGAACAGGCAGCAGAAUUGGAAGCAGAGCCGGAAGGAGAGCUAGAGGCAAGCCCAGCAUCAGAAUUCGAGUUAUCGACUUUGGCGGAAUCUGAGGUAUCCACUCUGCCGGGAUCUGACUUAUCCGCUCGGCAAGAAUCAAUCCCAGAGACAGUACCAAGAACACUAAGAACACGCGGCAGGUCGUACAGCAAUAAGGUAACUGAGCUUUACGCAUAUACAUCGCACGAGUUUUCUGGCUACUCAAGGGCCUCAUCAUUUAGCUUCAGUCGUCCAUCACUACAAGGCUCCGGACGAGAGCGUCGGCGUGGGGGAGAGCCAGAUCACAAGAACGAGCCAAGGUUUUCUGCAGAGCAGACUGAGGAGGCGCACACGGAAGCUAGUGCUGCAUCUUCGCCGCGGUCGAGUCAACGGCGAGUGUCCACAGAGCCUCCUACUGCUGCGAGUAUCUUCGCUGAAGAAACAGGUGUCGAGUCUCCAAGACCAUCUUCGAUUGUGCAGCCUUUGGAGAGGCGGGCUUCCUCGCACGAUUCCCUGUCGGAAGAAGGCAGAACUCCAGCCAUAGAGAUAGCCCGGCGUAACUUCAACCCUACGUAUCGGCUACCAUUUUUGGGGAAAAGUUUUCUUGUUUGGAUUCCAAUAUUUGACUCGCAUCCCCUUUCCGAGGAGAUGAAUCUUCCAACCGAGUCGGUUAUCAACCCACUUGCGAUGGAACCCUCUGGGUCUGGAAUUGUUUGUGGCGGUGCUGCCGAAACGUCGCUAUAUGAUAAUGCCUUAGGGGGAAGUGCACUUCCAAUUCAAGACUCCAUCGAGGAAGAAGAACACACAUCCAACGGUGAGCAGUUCUCGUCGGAAUCCAAAGCGAGCUCGAGUCAGCAGUCUGUUGAAAACGAACGAGAUGUGCCUCAAGUGGCUGGCUUGGUCCAGCCAAGUUUACCUAUCCUCGGGCCCGCAGAAUAUGCGAUAUCGCUCCCUUGCGAGGGCAAGAUACAGUCAACAUACUCGGACAUUAUCAAAGCCAAGGAAAAAGCUAUCAAGAAGUUUCUCAGCAGACACGAGUCUGUUGGUUCUUCAGACGGGUCUCCCACUCGAACUCAAGAAAGAAACGACAUGAAUGAAUUGGUCCAGCAUCUGCACGACACUGUCACACAUAUGGAUCUCGGCCUGCCUGGGAUGCCCACUCAUUACCCGGGCGAGUCUCAGGAAUACGCGGCUUAUGCAAACUAUGCCGGAUCGAAAUUCUCCUUUCUGGGGCACCUCGUUGAUUUACUGAAAAGUAUUGGGUGCUCGAUCAUUGUCAUGGCUCGAGAAGGACCAAUCCAGGACCUCAUUGAGAACUACCUCAAGACGAAGCAGAUCACCGUCAAGCGGCAAGAUCGACUGGACCGCUCGAAGCCUGCAGUCCCAGAUCGAAUCAGUACGGAUUUUCAGGUUGAACUGGUGAGCACCUGGUCGACGCAUCCAGUAGCCAUCUACAACAAGCCUAUCCUGAUGAUCGCUUUCGAUGCUUCUUUCGACUCUCAAGAUCCUCAGGUUGCACGAAUCCGCUCGCAUUUUUCUGGAAGGCACCCUGCACUCAUGCCGGUCCUUCACUUGCUGGUUGCAAACUCGUCUGAACACGUUGACCGCUGCCUGCCAAAAUCGAUGCCGUCCCCAAUGAGGCUAAAAGCCCUAAUCCGAGCUACUUAUCAAGCUUGGCCGAACCUGGGAGGGAAGCCGAUCUAUUUACCACGUCCGACAGACGAGCCAGAGGGCAGACCUAUGGAUUCCUUCGACCUCCAGCGGGGAAUUAGAAAGAGCGCGGAGCGGAAGCUUGGGAAGCUCGCCAGCAUUGUGGUGCAGGCUGCGAUCUCUCCGGACUUCGAUGCGAAUUGGAACCUGGGUCUAAUGUCUGAGUUGCAAUUGACAGAGUUAGAAGAGACGCCGACGAAACGCAGUGGCGUGAAUACCAGGGCUGAGACGCCGAAAGAGGUUCUUACUCGAUCUCGGACUCCUGUCUCACGUGCCGAUACUCCAUCGGGCAGAAAGCGCUUACUGGAUGUCGACGGUUUCCUUCCUGCACUGCAAAAGCGACAACGGCUUACACCUCUUCGUGAUUCGGCCGAGGCCAAUAGCCGAAUUGAUACAACCAACCAGGUUGCACAACAUCAGGACCAUGUUAAGAAGCUAGUGGCAGAGGUGGAAAUGGAAAGAGAGGCGCGACAAAAGGCAGAACAAGAUCUACAUCAUUCACACGGACAGCUGGCACAAUGGAAACAAGACCAUGCGGGCGUACAACGCCGUUACGAGAAACGAAGGACGAUGAUUCGUGAACUAAAACAGCAACUAGAACAGCAAAAGGAGACACUCCAGAAAACCAUUGAAACCCUUACAACAGAAAACAAAAAACUCAGAGAGGAAAAUCUCGCUCAGAGGCAGAAGAAUGCUGAGCUGGAGAAAGAACUUGCUGCCGCGCGUGCGGAGAUCAAGGCGGGCGGCGGCGAUGCGGCGGCCGCAGAGGCUGCUAGAGAAGAGUUACGCACUCUGCGUAGUAAGUAUGCUGCUCAGGAAAAAACCCUCGGGAAUACCCGCAAGGAUUUUGAGUUUACCCGGAUUCAAUAUCAGGACGCAUCGGAGAAAGCGGCAGAGUAUGCAAGGCAGAUAAGGGGCUUUGAAGAACAAGUCGCACAUCUGAAGAAGCAAGCCAGCAUCGAGAGGCGACACCUGAAGGAAACCAACCACCAAAACAGCAUCAAGGCACAUCUCGCCAAGAUUGCCGAGCAAGAACUGGAACACAACUCGCAGGAAAAGCUUAUUCGAAAGCUGGAAGAGGAGAAUCGGAACCUGAAGCGUAGUCGUGGAUAUCAGACUCGCGGGUCCAGUGUGCAACCACCAGGCAGCCCAGGGCUGGACGGACACAGUGGAAGAGGCACGAGAAGUCGGCAGGGAAGCCCGGCACCUGGGUUGUUCGCGAAUUCGCAUCAUAACAGCGUGGCGAGCAGAGGCAGCUUAUUGAGACACGAGCGGUAG